AUGAAACUGAGAGACACUGUGGAUGCCUUAAAGGUGACUGAUAUUGGGUCCUGGCAGGUGUGUGUGCAUCCUUCUGGACGAGGCUUAUGGAAACAGACUCUUUCAGUUCACCUUCAUGCAGCACACAUUCCUGCUCACGACCCCUUUGGGGGAAGUGAGAAACAUGGUGCUGCAGACAUCCUUGCAUCUUGGGCGGCUGAGGUGGUGAUGUCUGUCCAGCACUCAAGCCUCCUUCAGUGCCACUUACACAUCUCCAUCUGUUCAUCUAUGCAAGCUUGUGUUUCAGUGUUUCAUUUUUUACACUUCGCUUCCCAUUUGAUUCCUUUAACAUCAGGUUUAACAUUGAUAUUAUGA